AUGAUAAAAUUUAACAUAGAUAAAAUAAUAUUAAUCAGUUUAAUACUAUUAUUGAAUGGUACUGUAGUGUAUUGUGUGGAUACAAAUGGUGGCUCAUUAAGGGAAUCACAACCAGUACCAACUAAAAGUAGCAUUGGUAAUACUAUUCGAAAUAGAUACAAUGACAAUGUAAUUUCUGCUAGGUUUUAUUUGGAUUAUUAUGGCCCUGAUAAGUUUUCAAAAAGAGAAAUUGCAUACUAUGUAAUGAUGGCAGAUGGAAUCAAAUUAAAACAUCCAAAUAAAAUUGACAAAAUCAAAUUUUCCAAUUAUACAAUUGAAUUUGAUGAUGAUGCCAAAUUACCAAUCGGCGAUAUUAUUAUUAUAUACAUUUAUAUUUGCAAGCAUUAUAAUCCAGUAUUAAUUCAAUUUUGUGUGUAUAUUAAGGGAUCUCUCUGUCAUUACUUUUAUUCAUUGAAUAAUGAUAAAAAUAAAUGGAGUAAUCACAAAAUAAAAUAUGAUAAUAUUUUCAAAGAAUAUACUGACAAGAAUGGUACUAUUUAUUAUAAAUACUCAGGUCAUCAAGAUAGUUAUAUCAUUGAUGAAUAUCAAUCUGAGGAUGAAACAUUAGCAAGAAUACAUUGUAAUGAAGAAAAAUGUGCAAAAGUAGAUACAAUUGAGCGUAAUAAUUUGGAAAUUUAUCUGAAAUAA